UUGGCGGGCGGGCGGGCCCGACCAUGGGGACGCAGGGCAGCCCGGUGAAGAGCUACGACUACCUGCUCAAGUUCCUGCUGGUGGGCGACAGCGACGUGGGCAAGGGCGAGAUCCUCGAGAGCCUGCAGGACGGCGCGGCCGAGUCGCCCUACGCCUACAGCAACGGAAUUGACUACAAGACCACCACCAUCUUGCUGGAUGGCCGGCGGGUCAAGCUGGAGCUCUGGGACACAUCAGGCCAGGGCCGGUUCUGCACCAUUUUCAGAUCCUACUCCAGGGGUGCACAGGGGAUCCUGCUGGUUUAUGACAUCACCAACCGCUGGUCCUUUGAUGGCAUCGACCGCUGGAUCAAAGAGAUUGAUGAGCAUGCGCCUGGGGUCCCCCGGAUUCUGGUCGGGAACCGGCUUCACUUGGCCUUCAAACGGCAAGUUCCGACGGAGCAGGCACGCGCCUAUGCGGAGAAGAACUGCAUGACUUUCUUCGAGGUCAGCCCUCUCUGUAACUUCAAUGUGGUGGAGUCCUUCACCGAGCUCUCACGUAUCGUGCUUAUGCGCCAUGGCAUGGAGAAGAUCUGGAGGCCCAAUCGAGUGUUCAGCCUGCAGGACCUGUGCUGCCGUGCCAUUGUUUCCUGCACACCUGUGCACCUCAUCGACAAGCUGCCACUUCCCGUCACCAUCAAAAGCCACCUCAAGUCCUUCUCCAUGGCCAAUGGCAUGAAUGCCGUCAUGAUGCACGGCCGCUCCUACUCGCUGGCCAGUGGCGCUGGGGGCGGCGGCAGCAAAGGCAACAGCCUCAAGAGGUCCAAGUCCAUCCGCCCCCCACAGAGCCCACCGCAGAACUGCUCACGGAGCAACUGCAAGAUAUCCUAGCAGGCGGGUGCUCCUCUAGGACGCGUGAGGACGCUCCUCUGGGCCGCUGGGCUCUGCUGUGUGGCCAUUAGCACCAAGUGCCAGGAGGCACCUGUGCCCGCGCUACCCUGAUGCCCUGCAUCUGAUUGCUGUGUACUACGCCGGUCUCUCCCGCCAGCCCAACCAGAGGGCGUCAGGGAGCAGAGAUGCAGCCAUCGGGGCAUGUUGGGACAUUUGAGAGGGAGGGAGGGCUCUGGGCUGCCACUGGGACCGUGUCCAUGUGCUCUCCAUACUGCGUCCAUGGUCUCAGCUCAGACAGGGCAGCUCGCCGGCCCUGAGGUAGUGGUGUCAAUGUCUGCAGCUCGCCUGGCUGUGCUACUUGGAGGCUGCAGAAUGGACGUGUGAGUGCCCAUUGGGCAAGGCCUGUUGUGGACAGCUGCUCCCCUGGACCUGGGGAGUGAGUGACCCUGAGCUGCUUCCUCACAUUUCUGAGUAACUGCCAAGUCGGCCGUGGCGGUGGACAUGGAGCCACUUGAGAACCCAGAGGCCAGCCUUAAGGGAGGCCUGGCCAGGGAAGUGGCCUCUGGCCACACUGGUGCUGAACUCUACCUCCUGCCCGUGGCCCAUUUUGGGCCAGGUUCCCCUGGCCUCGGGACCCCUGGCAAUGCGCUCCCUUCUUGGCACCCACCCCCACAUCGACUGUGCUGUGAACAUGGUGGGGUGGGGCCAAGCCCAUGUGAGCAGGAGUGGCGGCACCUGGUGCUGCCCGCCCAGUCGCCUGCCUACCACACUUCUUUUCUUUGGACUGUGAACGGACCUUCUCGAACUCUUGGGCAGCCCGGGGGGUCCCGCGUGCACACCCCACACUACCUUUGCUGCCUGAGCUCCAAUGGUUUCCUCUGUACAGUAAAUGUCACUCCAU